AUGGUGACGAAUGAGUUGCGAUGGUUGUUAAAGGAGGGAACAUGCGAUGAUGAUGUUGAGAUGGCGGUAACCGUGAGAAGAAGGUUCCAGGUGAAAGGGAGUAUGAGGGAUUUGCUUAAAGAAAUUGAAAAGAAAGCAAAGAAUUUCAUCUGGAGUGGUGUAAUCUCUAAAAGGAAGCUUGUGCUAGUGGCUUGGGAUAAAAUGUGUAGGUCGCAGGCGCAUGGCGGUUUGGGUCAGAGCUCGAACAUCAAAUGUACGACCUCCUCCUCAACGGAUGAUUUCAAGAUCUUGAAAGCCCUUGAUAUAGUGGUUAAGCCUCAUAGAGCUCAUGUUAUCAAGGAGGUGCUUUGGCUUCCUCCGCCUAUUGGUUGGACAAAAUACAAUUAUGACGAUGCUUAUCAAUAUAAUUCUCUUCCUGUUGGUUGUGGUGGAAUAUUUAGAGACCACCUGAGUAAUUUUGUUCUAAAUAAGGUGUCUUUAUCGCCUUCUUAUCUUGUCGAAUUUACUGUAGUAGUGAAUGCCACGAUGAUUGCAAUGGAUAAAGGUUAG